AAGGUCAGACUGUCCAAGGACAUGUCGUAUCGUAGCUGUAAUGAAGCUAUCCACUACUCUUCUCCUUCGACUUCUUCGACUUCUUGACCUUUGCAUCUGACUGUUGACUCGAUGCCAUGUCCUCGGCCGCAUCGUCUUCGAGCGCCUUUUUCUUCUUUUUCCUUUCCUUCUUAUGUCCUUCGUCCUUGGAGCCCGUGUCGUCGCGGCUAUCGGAUGAGGGAAGGUGAUCGCUCUUCUUUGACUUCUCCUUGUCCUGCUUCUUGGUCUUCUUCUUUUCUGACCCCUUUUCCUCCUCUACGUGACCGGCCUCUGCUUUGUCCCCUUUCUUGGACUUCUUCUUCUUCUCUGGAGAUGGUGCAACUGCCUCAUGCUCUUGUUCCGCUUUUCGCUUCUUGGAGACUCCAUUGACGGACGUGCUCUUACUCGGGCUUGGCGCAUCCGGCGCAGGUGGUGCUCUGAACUUCGGAGCAACGUCUCCUCGCUUCUUUGGCGACUUCGAUACGAAUUCAAUGUCCUCGUCGCUAUCCGACGG